AUGUCAAUUAACCACGAGCAAGUAACGGUCGCACCAUUGGUACUUCUGUCUGUACUUGAUCAUUAUAACCGCACAAACACGCCAGAGGGCAAAAGAUGCGUUGGUGUAAUUUUGGGUGAUAGCUCGACGUCAACUAUCAGAGUUACUAAUUCGUUUGCAUUGCCAUUCGAAGAAGAUGAGAAGAACCCAGAGGUUUGGUUUUUGGAUCACAACUAUAUUGAAAGUAUGAAUGAAAUGUGCAAGAAGAUCAAUGCAAAGGAGAAGCUUGUGGGUUGGUACCAUAGUGGCCCAAAACUGAGAUCGGCGGACCUCAAAAUCAAUGAAGUUUUCAGAAAAUAUACACAACACAACCCCUUACUUUUGAUUGUAGAUGUAACGCAGCAAAGCGUUGGUCUCCCCACUACCGCCUACAAGUCUGUUGAACAGGUAAAAGACGAUGGUACUUCCACUGAGAAAACCUUCAUUCACUUACCCUCGAACAUUGAGGCGGAAGAAGCAGAGGAGAUUGGUGUGGAACAUCUUUUGAGAGAUGUACGUGACCAGGCUGCUGGUGGCUUGUCGAUUAAGUUGACCAAUCAACUCAAGUCCUUAAAGGGUCUGCAAAGAAAAUUGAAAGAUAUCGUUGAUUAUCUAGACAAGGUUGGUAAGGAUGAGCUCCCUAUAAACCAUACCAUUCUUGGAAAGCUACAAGACGUGUUUAAUCUUUUACCAAACCUAGGUACUCCAGAUGAAGAUGAGAUGGGCACCGAAAAGACUACAGAAAUGAUCAAUGCAUCGAGUACGUUACAAAAGGCUCUCACAAUUAAAACGAAUGACGAGUUGAUGGUUAUUUACAUUAGUAAUUUAGUCAGGGCAAUCAUUGCUUUUGAUGAUUUAAUCGAGAACAAGAUCCAAAACUCAAAACUUCAAGGAAAUCAAGCUCGAAGUGAAGAAAAAACCCCAUCUGAUGAAAAGGAUGAGGCCAAAGGUGAAGAAGAUGCCUCAGCAUCGGCAUGA